CAAGCCACAAUCGCUGCUGCCACAAACGCGGCCGCCUUCGGCAGACCUUCCUCGGACAAUCGUCCUUCAACUUCACCAUUGACACCGCAGCUCUCUACCACGACUGUAUCCGCUGUGCAGCACAUUUAAGCCCAACAUGAGACCCACUCCUUUCAGAGCAGCAGCAAAGGGCCCGGCCGGCGGACACGGAGGUCACCCAAUCCACAUCCACCCAGCGCGGCCACUCUACAGAUUCGCAGCAGUCGGAUUGGGAGCAUCAAUGUGGUUUUUCUUGUUCUACCGCGCACGAUACGAUCUGCCUGUACUACUCGGCAUGCGACACCCAUGGGACCAUUGAGCGGGAAAGGGACAGAGAUGUGGCGUAGGAGAAGCAUCGCGGAGCUGCGAAGGCAGGAGAGGUGCCGACAACUGCGGCACGUGUACAUAAGAGCAUGAACCGGAGGCGUCCGGCGCACGAAGCAGAGGGAAUGAUACCAUAGCCGUGCAAUUUACGCAGCUUUUGAGACCCAAACCACGAUGAGAACA